AUGGGUUCGCUGAAGGUUGAUACGAUCCUACUGGAUUGGAUCCGAGCCGAAUGGAUGGCAGUCCAAGGAGCCCUAAACGAACGCAUAAUCCUGGCUCCAAUUUUCCAAGGUGCGAAAAAUGCAAAUAGUCCUGUGAAUGUGUGUGACCAAUUCGGCGCCACUGGCAGCAGUGGUUUGGAGCCGCCCGCGGAAAAUUCGUGCAGCAGUUUGUUCCUCCCGACUAUAACGCCCGACGGGCAGUACGUCAUGAGCGGCUGGACAGACAGCGGAAUUCACAUUUGGAAUGAAAAUGGAAACUACGUGACGACUCUGUAUGGCCACGAGGGCCCCCCUUAUAAUGUGACUUUCAACCCCAAGUGUGCCAUCUUGGCCUCAAGCUGCUUGAACGUUGCGCUGUGGCAGCCAAGCAUCUGA